AUGAGAAAAAGAAACAGGCAUGUCAAGUUCCUGUCAUCCGUUUUUAAGGUCUUGUUGAACACUUUGGUUAUGGCAUCUAGGCGCAAUGUUCAUUACAGCCCUCUUGCUACUGAUGAAAAUGAUGAUGUCUAUGGAAAACCAAAUGACCCUCGGUUUUCCUAUACUCCGAAGUCCUUUGAUAAAAUCCCAUGGAAAUCCAUACUCCUUGCUCUAUUCCUGCUUUUUCUUGGAUCAUUGCUUCUGUUUCUUUCAUACUUUAUUUUCACUGGUCACAUGGGAGGGGAUCUGUCCCAAGCCUAUGGCCUUUUGGCUCUAGGAAUUCUCACCUUCCUCCCAGGCUUUUAUGAGACACGAAUUGCAUAUUAUGCAUGGAGAGGUGCGAAAGGAUACCGUUUCGCCUCCAUUCCAGACUAUUAG